CUGACCUUUAUAAAUAGACACACUGUUUCAAGGUUCUGAUGCAGGUUUCAACUUUACAAUGCUCAAUACAGCUGCAUCCAGCUGGUGGAUUACAUCCAUACUGCAUAACUGCCACCUAACCAGAGAAUAUGGGGAAUAUUAACAACAUAACCGAAUUCAUCUUUUUGGGCCUCUCCCAGAAUCCAGAAGUGCAGCAAAUAUGUUUUGUGCUGUUUUUAGUCUUUUAUAUAUCUAUUGUCCUGGGAAACUCUCUUAUUGUUGUUACUGUAGUUAGCAGCCACCAUCUCAACUCCCCCAUGUAUUUUUUCCUCAGCUACCUAUCCUUCAUAGAUGUCUGCUACUCCUCUGCCACAGCCCCCAAAUUGAUUGCAGACUUCCUCGUUGAGAAGAAAACCAUCUCCUUUGUUGGAUGCAUGAUUCAGAUGUUUUGGGUCCAUUUCUUUGGUUGCACAGAGAUUUUUGUCCUUGUGGUGAUGGCCUUUGAUCGUUAUGUAGCAAUCUGCAAACCCCUCUACUACACAACUAUCAUGACCAGGCGUAUGUGUGGUUGGUUGGUGGUGGCUUCAUGGCUGGGGGGUUUCCUGCAUUCCCUGUUACAGACCCUCCUGACUGUUGGGUUACCCUUCUGUGGGCCAAACAAAAUUGACCACUAUUUCUGUGAUGUGCACCCUGUGCUGAAAUUGGCCUGUACUGACACCUAUGUUCUUGGCCUCAUAUUUGUUGUUAAUAAUGGGAUGGUUGCUUUGAUCUCUUUUCUCGUCUUGAUUGUUUCCUACAUCAUUAUCUUAGUCUCUUUGAAAAGUCAGUCUUCUGAAGGGCGCAUCAAAGCUCUUUCCACUUGUGGUUCCCACAUCACAGUAGUGAUUUUAUUCUUUGGGCCAUGCACUUUUACUUACAUACGCCCUUCCAGCAACAUGGCAGAGGAUAAGAGGAUCGCUGUGUUUUACACCCUUGUCACCCCCAUGUUGAAUCCACUGAUCUACACACUCCGAAAUGAGGAGGUGAAAAGUGCCAUGAGAAAAUUAUGGACCAAAAAGAUGAAUUCAGAUGGGAAAUAAAGUGUGACUAUAAAAUUAUGUUAGGUAUACAAUCCGAGUCGAACUUUAUGACAAGGAAUGUUUUUAUUGGAGGAAACAACAUUCUUCUGGGUACUGUUGUGGUUUGAUUUUAACAAUGGUGGGUGGCAUUUUUAACAUUUUGACAGCGCUGGUGAGAAGAUAUGGACUACUUAAAUAAUAAAGACUCAAGACUUAAUAAACCCUCAAGAAAUCAUAAAGAUCAUAGAAAUGUAUAUCUAAAGAAAUCAAAAUAUCAUCUACUCCUUGUACUGAAGUAAAAUCAAUUAUGCCUUAA